CCUGACCUUUAUCCCGGAAGUAGGUGUUAUUGUCGCAGUUCCCUGGAGGUGGAUCAGGGCACUGGCUACUCCUAUCGCUAUGGCACUAUCUCAGAUCGUGACGCCGGCCAUCAGAUCCUGGCAGUGGGCUCGUCCAGCAGGAUGCAGGCAGUUUUGGGGAUGGCUGAAUGCGGUGUUUAACAAGGUUGACUAUGAGCGGAUACAGGAUUUCGGCCCAGACAGAGCAGCUUCUGAAUGGCUCUUAAGGUGCGGGGCCAAAGUACGCUACCAAGGAUUCGAGAGAUGGCAGCAUGACUACAACGGACUUCCAACAGGACCCUUAGGCAGAUACAAGAUACAAGCUAUAGACGCCACGGACUCUUGCAUCAUGUACAGAGGCUUUGACUACUUGGACGGCCUGAAACAUGUUGAGGAAAUCAAGCUGUGUAAGUGCAUUUACAUCGAAGACGCCUGCCUGGAGAGACUGAGCAAGAUAAAAAACUUACAGGAAAGCCUCCGGAGAAUGGAAAUCGUUUCCUGCGGGAACGUCACCGACAAAGGUGUCAUAGCGCUGAACUCUCUGAGUAACUUGGAAUAUUUAUACUUAAGUGACCUUCCCGGCAUCAAGAAGAAGGAAAUGGUCACAGAAAUGCUUCUAAAAGCCAAUUCGUCAUUAGAAGUGAAGCUAGAUCUGGACUAGAAGGAUCCGGGAUGCUGACGCCGCUGAAGAACUGAUUAGUGCUGAACACCUGCUGGUGCCUCGGAAUCAGAUCUCCUGGAAGCAGAGAACAAAACCCCAUGAGUUGUUGAAUAUGUAUUUUUUCGCUGCCAUAUAUCUUUUUUUUUUGCAAUUUUGGUUUGGAUUUGUAAUCACAAUACAAAAAUAAAAGUUUUUUAAGCAGA